AUGAAUCAUAAUAUCAAUGAUGAUGAUGAUGAUGAUGAUGAUGAUGAUGAUGAUGAUGAUGAUGAUGAUGAUGAUGAUGAUGAUGAUGAUGAUGAUGAUGAUGAUGAUGAUGAUGAUGAUGAUGAUGAUGAUGAUGAUGAUGAUGAUGAUGAUGAUGAUGAUGAUGAUGAUGAUGAUGAUGAUGAUGAUGAUGAUGAUGAUGAUGAUGAUGAUGAUGAUGAUGAUGAUGAUGAUGAUGAUGAUGAUGAUGAUGAUGAUGAUGAUGAUGAUGAUGAUGAUGAUGAUGAUGAUGAUGAUGAUGAUGAUGAUGAUGAUGAUGAUGAUGAUGAUGAUGAUGAUGAUGAUGAUGAUGAUGAUGAUGAUGAUGAUGAUGAUGAUGAUGAUGAUGAUGAUGAUGAUGAUGAUGAUGAUGAUGAUGAUGAUGAUGAUGAUGAUGAUGAUGAUGAUGAUGAUGAUGAUGAUGAUGAUGAUGAUGAUGAUGAUGAUGAUGAUGAUGAUGAUGAUGAUGAUGAUGAUGAUGAUGAUGAUGAUGAUGAUGAUGAUGAUGAUGAUGAUGAUGAUGAUGAUGAUGAUGAUGAUGAUGAUGAUGAUGAUGAUGAUGAUGAUGAUGAUGAUGAUGAUGAUGAUGAUGAUGAUGAUGAUGAUGAUGAUGAUGAUGAUGAUGAUGAUGAUGAUGAUGAUGAUGAUGAUGAUGAUGAUGAUGAUGAUGAUGAUGAUGAUGAUGAUGAUGAUGAUGAUGAUGAUGAUGAUGAUGAUGAUGAUGAUGAUGAUGAUGAUGAUGAUGAUGAUGAUGAUGAUGAUGAUGAUGAUGAUGAUGAUGAUGAUGAUGAUGAUGAUGAUGAUGAUGAUGAUGAUGAUGAUGAUGAUGAUGAUGAUGAUGAUGAUGAUGAUGAUGAUGAUGAUGAUGAUGAUGAUGAUGAUGAUGAUGAUGAUGAUGAUGAUGAUGAUGAUGAUGAUGAUGAUGAUGAUGAUGAUGAUGAUGAUGAUGAUGAUUGA